AUGACCACCAGUAUUGCAUACGGAGAUGACAUCUUUUGCCAGGACAUUGCGGUCCUCGUCUCGGGCGAGUCGAGCCCCCACUCGCCGUCGUCGGGCUCGGAUAGCACCAAGAAGCGUCGUCGGUCCACGAUCCUCGACGAGCUCAAGUACCUUCGCGCCAAGCACGACGAGCUGUCGACGCAGCUCGAACAACUCCAGGCGAUCACGAGCAUGGUGCCCAUCGAAUCGAAGUGGGCCAGUCGAGCGGCCACACAGGCGCAAGCGGCGCAGCAAGCGCUGCACGAAAACGCCCAACUGCAAGGUCUCCUCGGCGACCAAAUGAAGCUGCUGGCGACGCUCCAGCGCGCGUUUGCGCGCCGCCCCAAGCUCUGCGCGUUCUCGGGCAUGGCGCUGUGGAAGCGUGCGUCCUUGGGCCCGACCAACCGGCACGCGACGCUGGACCGUAUCCUCGACGACCACCUCGGCAAGCUCAGCACCGAGUACGUUCGCCGCGACCUGCACACGCACGAAGCAAGCCGUGAGCGGUAUGCGCAUGUCCAACUCGAAGAAGAGAGCGACGAGGCGUCGUUGGUGAUGCACACGACGGUCUGUCACUCGUGGCCAGUGCCGUUUACGCAGCUCGCGGAGCUCUUGUGGGGCAUGAUCACGGCGCCGAUGCCGGAAGAGUGCGGCGUGUCCAGCACGCUCAAGGAAUCGUUUGGGACCGAGAUGACGUACGCGCAUUAUGUUGCCGACAACUUUCCGGCGCUGUUUCCGCCGAUUCAAAGUAGGAUUGCGGCGCGCAAGUACGUGGAAGCGUCCCGAGUCGUGCUCGUAUGGCGUACGAUCCUCGAGGACGCGCUCAUGCCGUGGAACCCGCAGCAGCUCGUCGGCAAUGAAGCUACAUGGAUGGUCGUGAGCGACCAAGGCGACGGCACGUGUCGGUUGCUGACGUACGCGCAGAUGCGACCGCCAGUGCUACCACCCAAUGCAACGGACGAGAGCCUCUCGUUGCCGCCAGGUGUCUUUACCGAGUGCUUUCUGGGUCAUUUUCAACAAGGCGCCGGCAUGUUCGAGGCCCUCAUCCAAAACAAGCUCGCCGCCGCCGCCCCAUAG